GUUCACGCGGAGUUCAGGCGCAUACAUUAGGUAACAGCAUCGCUGCCUGUGACAUAACCGGCAUCGAGCAGGUCGAGACGUUCAGGCGAUAAAGGAGGAGAAGGAGGAGAAGGAGAAGGAGAAAAGUCCUGGAUCUAACUUUGUGGAUCUAAACAGGGACAGAUGUGGAUGCGUCAAACCGCUGGAUUCUGCUGCUGCGCGUCGACAUGCCGACACUUUGCGUCUGUGGAUCGUCAGGAUGAGCGCACACGCCCCCUGAGCGCGCGCCACGCUCACGUUUUACCGAUAAAACUGUGUUUGCGUCUAAAGUGAAGAAGGAGCUGGAGCUGCGCAGGAUUCCUCAUGCGGACGGAAUCCCUGAGAACAUGUUCGACUAUGUGGAGUUUCAGUCGUUCGCGUCCGGAGACAUCAUGGACUUGUACUGCUCAUCCAGCCCCGUGUGCGCACUGCAGGACCGGGACCAGGACCGGGACCGGGACCGGGACCGGGACCAGGACCAGGACCUGGCAGCCUUCUUCCCCGAGCUGAUCGAGUCGGAGUGGCAGCAGCACCGGUGCUCACAGUCAGUGGGCAGUCAGAGCUCCAGCUCCAGCUCGGACGACCUCUUCGCCAGCCCCACCUCCCCGCCGCCGCCGCCCCCCCGCACUUACAAGCCCUGUUUCGUGUGUCAGGACAAGUCGUCCGGGUACCACUACGGGGUCAGCGCCUGCGAGGGCUGCAAGGGCUUCUUCCGCCGCAGCGUGCAGAAAAACAUGGUGUACACGUGUCACCGCGACCGAAACUGCAUCAUCAACAAGAUCACCCGAAACCGCUGCCAGUACUGUCGGCUGCAGAGGUGCUUCGCCGCCGGGAUGUCGAGGGAGUCGGUGAGAAACGACAGGAUCAGGAGGAAGGGGAAGAAGGAGGCGGUGAAGAUGACGAUCAUGGAGACGUACGAGCUGACGUCAGAGCUCGGCCUGAUCGUGGAGAAGAUCUGCAGAGCUCACACGGAAACCUUCCCCGCCCUCUGCCAGCUGGGAAAAUACACCACAAACUCCAGCUCCGACCACAGGAUCCAGCUGGACCUCGGGCUGUGGGACAAGUUCAGCGAACUCGCCACCAAGUGCAUCAUCAAGGUGGUGGAGUUCGCCAAGCGAGUGCCGGGCUUCACCGGCCUGACCAUCGCCGACCAGAUCACUCUGCUCAAAGCCGCGUGUCUGGACAUCCUGAUCCUGAGGAUUUGCACUCGCUACACCCCCGACCAGGACACGAUGACCUUCUCCGACGGCUUGACCCUGACCCGUACUCAGAUCCACAACGCCGGAUUCGGGCCUCUCACAGAUCAGGUUUUCACUUUCGCCGGACAGCUGCUGCCACUGGAGAUGGACGACACGGAGAGCGGGCUCCUCAGCGCCAUCUGCCUCGUCUCUGGAGACCGACAAGACCUGGAGGAGCCGUCGAAGGUGGAGGUGCUGCAGGAGCCGCUGCUGGAGGCGCUGAAGAUCUACUCCCGCAAGCGGCGACCCAGCAUGCCCCUCAUGUUCCCCAAGGCCCUCAUGAAGAUCACCGACCUGCGCAGCAUCAGUGCUAAAGGGGCCGAGAGGGUGGUGACGCUAAAGAUGGAGAUCCCGGGCUCCAUGCCGCCUCUGAUAGAAGAGAUGCUGGAGGAUCUGCAGAACCUGGAGGAGCAUCAGAAGAAACGCUCGGAGGAGAGCUGAGCAGAACACACACACACACACACACACACACACACACACACACACUCUGGUUUCUCGCUCCGAAGCUGCUCAAAGAACAAUACAUCGUCUUCCCCCUGAGAGAAGCCGCUCACUUCAUAAGGUGCAGAUGCAGUUGAGAGUCUUACCUCAGUGUUUGGUCAGUGAACAUUAACAGACUCCUCAGCAGACUUCAUGUGAAACAACAGAGAACGAUGCAGUAAUGUUUUUAAAUCAGUUUAAUUUUUAACACCUCGUAACCACUGAUCUGUUAUUUUCUGUAUUUAUAUUUGCAUGGAUUCAUUUUUGUCUGAUUAAGUAACAAUAUCUUUAGCAUUAGUCUCGUAAAGAUAGUGAACAUAUGGAAUUUGAGCUUUUUACGAACUGUGAAUAUUUGUACCUGACGUGUCGAUGUUUUUCUUCACGUUUGUAAAAACAAAAGGGAAAUUUAGGUUUUUACUCGUAAGGGUGAAUGUUCAUGAGUGGCAUCAACAAAGUUCACAAGCAGAUGAAGCUGAGUUGACGCCGGAAACAUCAAAUUUUAUUACAAAAAAAUAAAACUGAAAAUACAACAAAUUACUACUUAAAACACCGAAUUGUUGUCUCGGGCAGAGUUUUGCAUUUUGCUAGAAAUCUCUGUCUGCAGUAGGAAAUAGAAAAUGUAUACAUGCUACAGUGAGCUCAUGCAUAUGGAAUAAAGUGUCAGGCUGGGUUCGAACAAAUUGAAAUGAUAUUCGGCUUCGGGUUGGGUUCUAAUCUACUUGAUUUUUUUAUGCUGCACAUGCCUGUAAUCGAGGAAAACACCAGGGGGACACAAAAAAAAUGGCUUCGGCUAAUAAUCUCUUUGACUCAAUUCAAUGAAUGUUUUCUACAUUUAAAAAAACAAUUUUAAUUUAAGAAAAUAAGCCAAUUUCUGAAGUGCAUCAGUGUUUGAUGCCUCAUCACAGAGAGCUGGAAUAAAAUAUAGUGAAAUGAUAAAAAGAAUAACAGCAGUUUUAUAAAAAAAGUAUCUGAUCGCAGGAGAUAAAGGAUUAUGGGUAAUGUGGUUUUCUGAGGUUUUCUAGAUUUUAGCAAAGCAGGUGUAAAAUACAAAAAAGAUUCAAUGACAUUUGUGCCUGAAAUACGUCAAUUUAUGGAAAAGAAUGAAAUAGAAAUGUGUGAAUUAUUCAUUAGAAAUUACAAAAUCAGCAUCUUAUGUACUGUAACACCUCAUCUGUGCCUACUACAAAAAACAUAUCUAUGAUUUUUACAUAUUUUGCAAAUUUAUCAACCUGGAAAUGUGAAUGCCUUCAUUUUUCUCCCCCAUGUCUCCUGUUGUAUAGUAUAACUACUGUGUGUACAUAUUAUAUCUAUGACCAUCAUUUUCCACGACGCGUUCAUUUGUUACAAUACUAAAAACAGAUUUCAUCACAUUUUUUUGUUGCUCCAUUAAUUAAAGUCUUGUUGUAGCGGUU